AUGUUCGUGCCAAAAUCGUUUGGGAAACAGCAAGAGCCAGACGAAAAGCUGGCUCCUUUGUUCGCGUUCUCGUCGGCGACCGGGCGGUGGAGCAGGCAGCUAUUCGAGCCGGGGCGGUGCGCCCCGGCGCGCCUCUACGACAAGGUGAUGCGGCGGCGCAGGCAAAGCUCGGAGGUGGACCCGUGGGUGCGGACGUGGCGGUUGGCCGUGCACUCCCACGGCUCUCUGUACGCGCACUGCGAGAAGCACGUCCUUGUGGUCUUGCGCUGCUCGGAGGGGACGUACGACAUGGUCAGGCCGCCGGCCGACGCCGAUGCCAACGACGGAGCACACUACGCAGCAGAGCACGUCUUGUCGCACCUUCCCGUGGACUCUUAUCUUCCAGAGCACCGAGGAAGGGGUGCUGCUGCGGUACGCGAGCGUCGACGUGUUCCGCGUCAAGGUGUGGGCGUUACAAGAAUCGACAGACGAGGGCAGCUGGGGUGGACGCUGACGCACGACAAGGACCUCUCCGCGUACGCGCGCAUGCUGGACCUACUGCAUGACGCGCCGUCCAAUUGCGUUCAGCUUGCCACCGAAGGAAGAGGUGGAGGCCAAGGCAAGUGCGUUUGGUUCUCGGACGAGGACGGCGAUGACGUUGCCAAUGGCGGCAAGGGCGAUGGGUGCCCCGGGCGAUGGAACUGGGACGACGCCAGCCUGCUCGACGUGGAGGUUGGAGAGGGCGAGCUGCUCGGCGGCGCGGCCUGUUCGCCGCCCCCGUUCUCGUUCCUGGGGUGCCACCCGAGCAAGGAGGUGAUCUACCUCGCCGCCGGAGCGUUCCACGUCGUGGCGUACCAUCUCGGCAGCGCCAAGGUGCAGUACCUGGGCCGUGUGAUGUCGCUGGGCGACGGUGACCGCGUCGAGGGCGUGUUCCCAUACCGCCCGUGCAUCGUCGACGCGCUCCCUCCCUACAGCUGCCCGUUCCCGUGCGUGAAGAUCGCCAACAAAGCGUCGUUGAUUGGACAACGAGGAGCUGCUACUCGUGACAGCGGCCAGCCGUCCGAGAAAUACGUGCCACCCCGUUCCGUUCGUGCUCGUCUCGUGGCAGUUUAAAGAGCAGCGGAGGCAGAGUUCAAUUUUCAGUUUACCAGCAAGAGAAUCGGUAAAUUUACUGUUACUUAGUGGAUUUAGAUUAAUUAUAUCAUUAGUCCGCCUACAAACUCCGU